AUGCCACUGCUCCUACAAACCCUUAGCCUGCCCUCGUUGCACCCUACCCUCCCACGAGGUCUUCCCACCAUUACCUUCCAUCCUCACCUGGUCAUCCCGCCCUGCCUCACACACACCCUCUCUCGCCCUCGCCCCUCGUCGAUCCUUUCUCUCACACCUGCCCCACCCUCCCCUUCCUCGCGUUCUCUCUCCCUCCACCACUCCCCCCAUGGCAGGAUGACCAUGCCGGAGUUGCUGCAGCAGAAGCACCCAACGGCGUGGGUGGACUUUGAGUGCGGCCGCAUAUCAGAGCACCAGCUGCACCAGCGCUUCUUUGCUGACGGCCGUCACUUCGACCUGCAAGGCACGCUCCUCCCCUCCCUGCCCCCACUGCCUUGCACGCCGCCACAUAAUGCACUCACAAGAGAGGAGCGGGAAAGGGGGGGAGGGGGAGGGAUGCGUGGAAUGUGGAAAAUAGCAGCACGGAGGAGUGGGCUGAAGGCAACGAUGCAGGGGGCGUACGAGUGGGUGGAGGGCAUGGAGCCCUUGCUCGCUGCCCUCAACGCUCACGGCUUUGCCACCCAUGCCUUCACCAACUACCCCCCCUGGUACCCUCCCUCUCACCUCCAGCCUCCCCAUACUCUCCCUCUCCACCUUUUCCAUCCUCCUUCCCCCGUUCCCUCUUUCCCUCUCUCUCUUUUGUCGCUAGCUUCCUCUCCGGCUCUCCUUGUACCAAAUGAUAGAGGACAAGCUGCGCCUCUCACGCUACCUGCACUGGACCUUCGUCUCCUGCCACAUGGGUGCGCUUUGCCAUGUGCAAUGGUGAAUGGGUGUGUGAUGGUGCAUGGAUGUGUGGUGGUGCAUGGGUGUGUGAUGGUGCAUGGGUGUGUGAUGGUGAAUGGGUGUGUGAUGGUGCAUGGGUGUGUGGUGGUGCAUGGGUGUGUGGUGGUGCAUGGGUGUGUGGUGGUGCAUGGGUGUUUGAUGGUGCAUGGGUGUGUGAUGGUGCAUGGGUGUGUGAUGGUGCAUGGGUGUGUGGUGGUGCAUGGGUGUGUGGUGGUGCAUGGGUGUGUGAUGGUGCAUGGGUGUGUGGUGGUGCAUGGGUGUGUGAUGGUGCAUGGGUGUGUGAUGGUGAAUGGGUGUGUGAUGGUGCAUGGGUGUGUGGUGGUGCAUGGGUGUGUGAUGGUGCAUGGGUGUGUGAUGGUGAAUGGGUGUGUGAUGGUGCAUGGGUGUGUGGUGGUGCAUGGGUGUGUGGUGGUGCAUGGGUGUGGUGGUGCAUGGGUGUGUGAUGGUGCAUGGGUGUGUGGUGGUGCAUGGGUGUGUGAUGGUGCAUGGAUGUGUGAUGGUGCAUGGGUGUGUGGUGGUGCAUGGGUGUGUGGUGGUGCAUGGGUGUGUGAUGGUGCAUGGGUGUGUGGUGGUGCAUGGGUGUGUGAUGGUGAAUGGGUGUGUGAUGGUGCAUGGGUGUGUGGUGGUGCAUGGGUGUGUGGUGGUGCAUGGGUGUGUGGUGGUGCAUGGGUGUGUGAUGGUGAAUGGGUGUGUGAUGGUGCAUGGGUGUGUGAUGGUGAAUGGGUGUGUGAUGGUGCAUGGGUGUGUGGUGGUGCAUGGGUGUGUGGUGGUGCAUGGGUGUGUGGUGGUGCAUGGGUGUUUGAUGGUGCAUGGGUGUGUGAUGGUGCAUGGGUGUGUGAUGGUGCAUGGGUGUGUGAUGGUGCAUGGGUGUGUGGUGGUGCAUGGGUGUGUGAUGGUGCAUGGGUGUGUGAUGGUGAAUGGGUGUGUGAUGGUGCAUGGGUGUGUGGUGGUGCAUGGGUGUGUGGUGGUGCAUGGGUGUGUGGUGGUGCAUGGGUGUGUGAUGGUGAAUGGGUGUGUGAUGGUGCAUGGGUGUGUGAUGGUGAAUGGGUGUGUGAUGGUGCAUGGGUGUGUGGUGGUGCAUGGGUGUGUGGUGGUGCAUGGGUGUGUGGUGGUGCAUGGGUGUUUGAUGGUGCAUGGGUGUGUGAUGGUGCAUGGGUGUGUGAUGGUGCAUGGGUGUGUGGUGGUGCAUGGGUGUGUGGUGGUGCAUGGGUGUGUGAUGGUGCAUGGGUGUGUGGUGGUGCAUGGGUGUGUGAUGGUGCAUGGGUGUGUGAUGGUGAAUGGGUGUGUGAUGGUGCAUGGGUGUGUGGUGGUGCAUGGGUGUGUGAUGGUGCAUGGGUGUGUGGUGGUGCAUGGGUGUUUGAUGGUGCAUGGGUGUGUGAUGGUGCAUGGGUGUGUGGUGGUGCAUGGGAGUGCGAUGGUGUGCGCAAGCCGUCUCCCGAGGCGUAUGAAGCAGCGCUGGCAACCCUCACUGUUGACCCCUCCACAUGCAUCUUCAUUGAUGACAGGGAGUCGAAUGUGCUAGCAGCACGAGGCGUGGGGAUGACAGGAAUAACAUUCCAGUCGGCCAAGCAGCUUGCUGCCGAACUCUCACCCAUCCUUAAUAUUGAGCUUUAG